AUGGACUCACCUGGGUCACAGGGUGUUCCACGAUUCUCCAGUUUCCGACCCCCUCCGACCUCUGCCCCAACUUCCGAUGCCGGCCAUGAAUCCGGACGACAUAGUCGUCGGCGUUCUCGCCAUCGCUCGCCCGAACAACAUUGGCGUCGGCGCUCUCGCCAUCGCUCGCCCGGACAACUUAGGCAUCAGCGUCCUCGCCAUCGCUCGCGAGUAGAGCGAAAUACCCCUUUGCAUGAUCAUCGUGAGAGAGAAAACAGUCGAGGCGGUGGCUCAGGUGAGAGUAUCGCUGAAGAAGGCGAAGAAACUGAGCCCUUAGUGGGUGGAGAGGCCGAUGAAAGCAAACACGCGGAGGGUGAAGCAAACGCCGAGGACCUUGGGUUCGUCGUCGAUGUCCAAGGUGAUCGUGACAUUACGCGUUACGGUGCCAAUCAAUACGAGUCUCCAGCGUAUCGUCGCAGCGGUACUGGCUUUGUUGUUGGGCUCCCCGGCGAGCGUGUCGACUAUGAAACUCGACAUGAAAAUACCCUUAUUACUCUUCCUGCCAACAGGGUUACGGCAUCCCAGCCAAAGCUUUUGUCUGCUUUGGAUCAACGUGCUUUGCAUACGACUGUUCCCAUUCCUGUUGCCAAUCGACGGCCUCUCGUCAACCCGGCCAACCCAGCUGCCGACAUUGAUGAUUCUGCCGAUUUCAUUUCCACGGACUCCCCUCCUGGGCCCCGAGUUGCAUCGAGUGCUGCUAGACUUAACGCUGAAUCCUCGCGUUUCGGUGUCCCCCCUUCCUCCAAUGAGGAAGAAGACGAAGCAAUUUACGAGGAAUCCGUUGAACAUCAAGUCGAUCCGAGCACUCGUGAAAACGAGAUCCUAAAUCGCAAUGCUGAGUUGAUUCGCGCAGUGAAGCAUGAUCCUCUGAACGCCAGAGGAUGGAUCCGUCUUGCCGAACAUCAAGAACUCGUCAUCCUCGGAGUGAGACCCGACGAUCGUCCUCUUAAUGAGAACAAAAGGCAAGCCGUGGUCAGUGCUAUUCUCUCGAUUUAUGACAACGCGCUGGACGCCAACCCCCAACACCCUGAACGCGACCGCCUCGUGUUGGGGCGGAUGGAACAAGGGGCCAAAGUCUGGGAUCCUGAAGAGCUCUCAAACCAAUGGGAAAAAGUUCUUCGCUCUGACUCCAAGUCAGUGAGUGUCUGGGUGGAGUACCUUGAUUACUGUCAAACGAACUAUCAGAAGUUCGAUUUCGACACUUGUUACAAGGCGUAUCUUCACUGCAUGAAUACGCAUUCACGUGUCGGCAGCGGUAGAGACAGGUACCUAAUCACUUCGUACCUAUUUUUGCGUCUUACUUUGUUCCUUCGUGAAGCAGGGUACCUCGAGCUGGCCAUGGGCUAUUGGCAAGCAAUCCUGGAAUUCGUGGUGUUUCGACCCCCGGGUCUUGCUGAUAACCAUGAAGAAGCCUUGAGAACGUUCAAGAUGUUCUGGUCGCCUGCAUAUGUGAAGAUUGGGGAGCAUGGCUGGCGGCCCUGGAACGCCGGCUAUGACCCUUAUGCCCCCAAAGUCCAAGUCGCCAACCCCGAUUACGAGUCGAGGGCGUAUUCCCCUGAGUCGUUUGAAAGCUGGACAAAUGCGGAAAGGGAACGCAUGAUGCGAAACCGCAUGCCGUCACACGAAUUUGAACCUUUAGCUCAAGAGGGCGGGGUGUUUGAAGUGCCCCUUCUUGCUGAUUGCACGCACAUUCUUCAAUGCUUCCGCGACUUUGCUGGAACAUUUGGCGUCGCUUUGCUGAUUGAUGCUUUCCUGCAGUUCUGUCACUUGCCUCACUUUACGUGUCCUGCGAAUCUACAUACCAGUAGACUGUGGAUCGGCGAGAACUUCCUUCGAAACCAAUAUAUGGAUGACUGGCAAAACAAAAUCACUGAAUGGAUGGAAUUUCACGAUCAUGCCUCAACAACCACCGUUAAACCGUUUGCGUUCAGCCAUCACACAUUCAUUCCCACCGCAGACAGUCUAUUUUCAAAUCCAGAGCUGUGGUUCUCAUGUCUAGCCAAGUGGGCUGCGAGUGCUUCCCGGCCGUCCUGUAUCAUCAAGUCCGAUUUCGUCGUUGAGACACUUUUUUCUCUCGCUCAGAUUUUCGAGGAGAGCAGCUUUGGUGAAUACGCCAUCGCAGUGUCUUUCGCAUGUGACAGGGACCGAGCAAGGAAGCACGCAAAGGCAUUGCUAAAGCAACGACCAAACAAUUUGAGAUUGUGGAAUUCUGUUGCGCUCAUGGAUUGGCGCACUGGCAAUAAGCCAUUGGCUGAGGCAGUGUGGUCAAAGGCUUUAAUGUCGAGCCGGGAAUUUCCCGACCACGAAUUUGUAGAAAGCGCACUUUUGUGGAACUCAUGGAUUUGGGAAAAACUUCACGCCGGAGAGAAUGAUAGUGCAGCGUAUCUGUUGAACUCCAUGCGAGAGGGAGCCCCUAAGCAAUCGUACGAGCCAGCCGACCAGGAAGAGUUGAAACCCGCAGAUAUCCUCAGACUCACCCAGCUUUUGCGCAAUGCCCAGUCUAGUGCCUUGGAAUGCCGGGGAUUCCAAGCUUAUGCAGCUUACACUGAUUGUCUUGCCAUCAUCCGCUACAUCCUGGAUGCGUCAAUUGGAGAUAUCCUCAAGCCCUACGACGAUGCUUUGCAAAGGCUCAGCGACGGUCUCGAGUCCGACAUUAUUUCUAGGACCUUUGGCAGCGAAUUACUGCACCAAGCGCGAGCCAAAUUGGUGUACCACUACGUUACAACCAAGCCUGCCCAGUACAGACCCAUUGAGGUCCGUAACAUAUUCCUAAGCAGCCUGGAAGCCUUUCCCCACAACACCAUGUUCUUGGCACUAUUCAAAUGGAAUGAUGCCCGUGUGGACAUGACCCACCGCUUCCGCGACAUCAUCCACGCCACCAUCGGAGAAAAGGCCAGAACAACCAAGCAGGCUUCGGGAAAUGGCGCUCAAAUUGACCGCGUCCCCAUCACGACCUACCUAUUCAACAUCUACUGUGAGAUGGGUCGCCCUCGCCAAGGCAACUCAUCCCCUCACUUGGUCCGCGCAGCAUUCGAGCGAGCAAUCGGCCACGGUCCUGUUUCAGUCGGUCAAACCCCACAACGCCGACAUCUCGAGCUAAACAGCUCAACAUCUGCGCAGAACAAUCUCACCAUCUGGAAGUUGUACGUCCUGUGGGAGGCGCGCGUAGAGCACGAUUUCGCUCGCGCCCGUAAGGUUCUUUUCCGCGCCCUGCGCGCCUGUCCCUGGUCGAAGGAGCUGUACAUGCUCGCCUUCGAGCAUCUUCGGGACGAUAUCGUCGAUCUGUCCACCAAGCGCACCCUCCGCGGUGGAAAGUACGUCUCUUCGGGGUUCUCGAAGAGAGAACUCCAAGCUCUGUAUUCAGAGAUGGUGCGCCGGGGAAUUCGUAUCCACCACCACCUGGUGCACUACUGGGCCGAUGAAAAUGUCCCGGCUGACGAUAAUGGGGGGUUCUGA